AUGUCUCUCUAAAACUGUAAUUUACGAUUUCACUGUGUAUAUCAUUUCCAUCACGAGUACGUGAAAUUUAUCAACGUUGCUCGAGAGAUAUUUUUUCUAUUACAUAUAGCACAUAUAUCGUGUCGAGUGUGUUAUAUAUUUAUAAUUGAAUUUCAUAUCUAACAUGGAUCCCGGUAAUUUAUAUUAUACUCUAGCAUUGCAUGGCUGUAUAUAGUUUCGAAGGAAGAAAAAGACGCGUUGUGGGUCUUCCUUCGUUUCUAUAGCCGUGGCUAGGUAAGCCAUUUGCGUUCGAUAGAGUAUCAUGUUACAUGUUCUGGCGUGGUACUCGCUACCGCGAAACAGAAAACCGGUUCGCGAUGUGUAUGCUACACUGAUGUCGAACAGUAUGAAUCAUUCCUCGUCAUGAAUCGCCGCGAAAGACUGCCGCUACUUUUCAAAGAUACUAAUUCAGAUUUGUCGCUUUUGUUUGCCACACUAUGCGUUAUCGAUAUUUUCGGCGUUUUCCCGAUCAUUGCCUUACCACGCUCGAUCGUCCAAUGUGGAUUGUAUGGAAUUCCUUUGGUACUUGUCGUAUUAUCUUUGGAAAUCUAUACGGCUGUUCUGCUUGGUAAAACAUGGAUUAUCGCAACCACUCUAGAUCCGCAAAUUUCAAGAAAAAAUCGAAAUCCUCUUGCGGCCGUAACAGAAUUGACCAUGGGUCCUCGUGCGAGGACCAUAGUCACUAUAAUCAUGGACCUUACAGUUUUCGGUUGCAGUAUACCUAACUUGCUGGUUGCCUCUCAGAAUUUGCAAAUUUUUGGACUAAAAAUUUCGGGGCAACGAUUUGACCUGUCUUUCUGCUAUUGGCUCCUAGUUGUGGGCAUUCUUUUAUGUCCAAUUAUGUGGCUUGGUAGUCCUCGUGAUAUGAAAAUAUUGGCUACAUUUUCCUGCGCAACAGUUGUACUGACGGCGUUGUUAAUAUGGUGGUGUAUAAUUACUGAUAACCGAGAACUUGAUGUUGCACUAGUACCCACAUCUCCCACCUGGGACAAGUUUAUUUCCGGCUAUGGAAUGUUAGCCUUUCAAUUUGAUAUACAUCCAACAUUGAUGACUGUACAAGUGGAUAUGCGUCGCCCCCAAGACAUCAGUAAGGCAAUUGUAAUUUCCUUUUUAGUCAGUGGUUCGUUAUUUUUUAUUACUGCAAUCCUGGCUGUUUGGAAGUAUGGAGGUAGUACAACAGCCAAUGUCCUGCAAAUAAUCCCAGAGGGUUUCACAGUGAGUGUUGCUGUUCUUUCUGCAGCUCUUCAACUAUGUCUUUCUAGCGCCCUCGGUCACUCAGCUCUGUUCCAAGAUCUAGAAGACCAGUGCAACAUUAAAAGAAAUUUUGGAUGGAAAAGAUGCGCCAUAAGAUCAGCUAUUGUUUUUCUCGGAGUAGCUGUAGGAGAAUCUGUACCAAGAUUCGACAUUGUGAUGGCAUUGAUUGGAGGAUCGUUGACCGGUCCGUUGGUCUUCGUAUUGCCACCUUUGAUAUAUUCGAAAGCAGUCACCUUGAAAGCAAGAUCCAUGCGGCCCUUAACUCCUGAAGUAUAUUCGGGCACUGAGAGACGUCGCAGUAGCGGCGGCAUGUCCACCGACCCGAGGAUUCAUUCGAGGUCGAUUUACUACGGUGUUCUGAGCGUACCUACGCCUGAAUAUCAUCGAUAUUCAUACGUUUAUUACGACGAUGAGUUCGACGAAAUUACGGAUUAUGAAAAUGAUGACAUACCUUCUAGAGAAGCCACCGAAGAAUUUUUGAUGACGAAACGGAUUCGUGAUAGCGAUCCGGUGUUCGUGGACGCCAGUGAACCUUAUGGUAUCUACAAAAGAAUCGAAGCUCCUAAAGAAUCGAGACGAGCGAUUUGUUGCAAUUGUCAAAAAUGGGGCGAUUGGCUCGGUUAUUUGAUCGUAAUUUUUGGCAUUGUUUUUACCAUAUCCUCGACGUAUAUCAAUAUUAAAAAUACUAUACGUUACGUACAAUUUACGCCCCCGUGUAUCGCGAACGUUACGAAGAUAGCACAAAAUCCUGUGUAAAAUAAGAUAUUAACAAAUGACAAAAAGUUGCAUACAAAUUUCCCAAAUUUUUUUUUUUUGAUUGACGUCUUGAUAGCAUCCCAAAACAUUUUGUCAAUUAAUAUUAAUAUGUAAACAAUUAUCUGCACUGUUUAAAACAUCUUUCUGAAUUUCUAACAUGGAAAUAUGCAUAACAAGUUUUUGUUCUUUUACUUUUCUUUUCAUGUCUUUUCAUCGAUGAUCAAUUUGAAUUUCUUUUUGGCGGGUUUUCUAGUUCAAGAUGCGACCGCGGAAUGGUAGCAUCGUGUUAGUAAAAAUUCGUGCUGCAACAAGCACGUACAGUUUUAAAUUUAAACAAUUUAUACAUAUAUACAAAUAAAUAUAUAACACAUAUAUUUAAUAUUGUGCGUAUUCUGUAAUUUUGAUAUUUACAUGUUACAUAUUUCAAUUCCUAUUUCAUGAAGAUGAAAUGUAUAGACCCAUUAUGCAACAUACAUGUGCUUCCGGAUAAACGUCAUAAAAAUCAGCUGAUAAUAAUUUUUAAAUAACGUCGUAAAAAUCAGCAACUAUUUUUAAAUACGAAGAUUACGUUGAAAAGUUGUUUUUUUGAUCACCUGCACGCACUUUCUACAAACAACCUUAUCAACUUUACAUCUACAAAUAAAUUUCUAUAUUGAAAUAUUAUUUUUAGAAUAAAUCGUUUAAUACGUUUAUCAUUGUCGUAAUUCGACUUUAACACCUCAACUUACAUAUCCAUCAACAUGACUGAGCAUUCAACAAUAUCAAAUUAUAUUCAUUUUCGUUUUUCAUUUUUUCUUAGUUUUUGCUAUUCAAAUGAUCAUGUCAUUUUUACAUAUGCACGUUCACUACGCACGUGCGUACUCGUUUCUUAACACAGUUUCGCCUCUGUGUAAACAUCUUAUUACGUCAUACCGUCCAACAUUUUUUAAUGACGAUUGUAGGGGGGAUACGAAUUAACCUGUGACGUUUACGAACCAACUCUUACGAUACUGUCCGCGCCAUACGAAUGACUCGUCCCUGUUCAAUUUACAUUGUGUAUUAGUCCCGUGUUCUCAUUGAACUCGAAUUUGACUGAACGACCAGUUAACAAAAAUCAUCUGAGAAUGAUACCGAACUGUAUAAGAAAUAUAGGUGCUCAAACGUC